AUGAGUGAUGCACCAUUGAUUAAUUUCAUAAAUUUUAACCAAAAUGGUUCUUGUAUUUCAAUUGCUACUACGGAGGGCUUUAGGAUAUAUAAUUGUGAUCCAUUUGGUAAAUUUUAUUCACAAAAAAAACUAAAUUUCAAUUCUACUUCUAAUCAAGAUAAUCCAAAUAUGGAUUUAUCAACAGUUUCAUCUCCAACAGGUUGUAGUUUGGCUAUUGUAGAAAUGUUAUAUUCUACCUCAUUGUUAGCAAUCGUAGGGUUGGGAGAUCAACCAGCACUAUCUCCAAGAAGAUUAACAAUGCUAAACACAAAAACUGAUACUGUGAUUUGUGAAGUCACUUUCCCUACGGCAAUCUUAUCCGUUAAAAUGAAUAAAGCUAGAUUGAUCGUGGUUUUAAGAGAACAGAUAUAUAUUUAUGAUAUUAAAACUAUGAGACUAUUACAUACUAUUGAAAAUAAUGAAAAUGAUAAAGGUUUGAUUGCUCUAUCAACAUCACUAGAUAAUGAUUUUUUAGCCUAUCCAUCUCCACCAAAAAUUAUAAAUUCUGAAAUUGAAGCAAAUUUAACAACUAAUAAUAUGGUGUUACUUUCCAAUAACAGUAGAAACAAUAUUCAGUCUUCUGAUAAUAAUCGACGUUUAGGGAAAGAUGCCAAUGGCAGUAAUGAACAACAAAACUUAGAUAGUGAACCAAAUAAUAACGAACCAGAUGCUCCUCUCUUUAUGAGUAGUAAUAACCUUAAUAAUAAGAAUACUCAUAAGAUAAUAAAAAAUGGUGAUGUUAUACUGUUUAAUUUAGUAACUUUACAACCAACAAUGGUCGUAGAGGCACAUAAAGGUACUAUUGCAGCAUUGGCACUAAAUAAUGAAGGUACAUUGUUAGCCACUGCAUCUGAAAAGGGAACAAUUGUGCGAGUGUUUAGUGUCGAGACUGGUGCAAAAUUAUAUCAGUUUAGAAGAGGUACGUAUCCAACAAACGUUCAUUCUAUCAUAUUCAGUAACGAUAGCAAGUAUUUAUCGGUGACUUGCUCCAGUAAGACAGUCCAUAUUUUUAAAAUGGAUAAUGAGAAUUUGACACCGUCUAAUGAGAAUUUCACUAGUAGAAGUUCAAGUCCACCACUAUCUGAGGAAUUAGAUAAUAAUUCAAAUGAAACAGACAUGUUAUCAAAUGAAACAAAUACUAGCCCGAAAAGUCCAGAUUCAAGUAAAAAAGAACCAUUUGUCGACACCACCAGAAGUACUGUUGGUAGAAUGAUAAGAAAAUCUACACAAAAGUUUUCUAAAAAUGCUGCUAAAAAAUUCGGAGAAUACUUCCCAUUGGAUGUUAAAUCAAUAAUAGAAUCUUCCAGACAUUUUGCAAGUUUCAAAUUGCCAAUUGAGAGUAAAGAAACCUACAGCAACUACAUAGGUUCGAACAACGCCAAUUUAUCCUCUCACCAGUUAAAUAGUACCAGCUCUGAGAGUUUGGCACACGUUAGUAUGAGGAUCAAUGCUGGCAAGUAUAUUUCUUCAAUCGGAGAAGAAAUAACCCUUGAUUUAUCAAAUUAUCCAAAAGUGCUCGCAAACUACUCAAACUAUACAACCGGACAGACUUCUCCAAAAAAAAUCACCGCCAUUCCGAUACGAGUUCUGUCAUCAGAUGGUAUUUACUACAACUACAUAUUAGACCCAGAGAGGGGUGGAGAUUGCAUUUUAAUCUCAAAAUAUUCACUAUUAUUAGAUUAG